GUCGUGCACUGCUGGUCCUCCUCUUGUCUGCAAUGGUGUCUCUCCUGGGUGGCCUGAUAUUUGGAUAUGAGCUGGGGAUUAUCUCUGGUGCACUGCUGCAGCUGCAGAUAGACUUUCACCUCAGCUGCUUCAUGCAAGAAGUUCUCGUAAGCGCCCUCCUUAUUGGAGCUCUCCUUGCCUCUCUGGCUGGGGGGAUCCUCAUUGACCGCUGUGGACGGAGGAGAGCAAUCCUGGUCAGCAACUUGGUCCUGUUGGUUGGCAGCCUUAUUCUCACACUGACGAGGUCAUUUAUUGGGCUGGUCCUUGGGCGCAUGACCGUGGGUUUUGCCAUCUCUGUCUCAUCCAUGGCCUGCUGCAUCUACGUCUCAGAAAUGGUGGCUGCUCAUCAGCGGGGGCUGCUGGUGUCUCUCUAUGAAGCAGGCAUCACAGUAGGCAUCCUCCUGUCCUAUGCGCUGAAUUACAUCUUUGCGGAUGUGGGUGAGGGAUGGAGGUACAUGUUUGGACUGGCCAUUGCCCCGACGGCCAUGCAGUUCCUCAGCAUCCUCUUCCUCCCAGUGAACCCUGUUAAAUUAAGCUCGUGGGACUCGGACUGCCAGAAGGGCCUCAUUCAGUUGCAGACCACUGAGGACAGAGCAGCAGUAAAGCGGGAGCCCUAUAAGGAGAAGCAGUACUCAUUUCUUGACCUUUUCAGGACCAGAGACAACAUGAGAAGGCGGACUCUGGUGGGCCUGGGACUGGUGCUUUUCCAGCAAUUCACUGGGCAGCCCAAUGUGCUGGGCUACGCCUCCAAAAUCUUCCACUCGGUGGGGUUCCAGAGCAACUCCUCAGCGAUCCUGGCCUCUGUCGGGCUGGGGGCGAUAAAAGUGGUGGCCACGCUUGUCGCAAUGGCCUUUGCGGACAAGGCUGGCAGAAGAGUGCUGCUCAUGGCUGGCUGCGUGGUGAUGGCCAUCUCCGUCACCACCAUUGGCCUCACCAGCCACAUCGCUCCGCUGGCCAUGGCCAGGGACUGCAAGGCAGCCACAGACCCCAAUGCAUCCCACAGCCUGUCCCAGCACUCCCUGAGGCCCCUAUCCUCCCAGCCUGCUGUGUCGCCCAUCCCACCAGGGUUAGGUGCUGUCAAAGGUCAGGCAGGCACUGGUUUUGCUGCCACGAGGAGCCUUACAAAAGUUUUUGCCAGUAGUCAAAGCAGGGAGGUUGUUCCCGAUUCUUCCCUCACUCAGAAAAGGGGCUUGGUGGGUGAGGCCAAAGAAGAGACAGUGGGAAGCACUGGCCCUCCUUUCGGUGGUGCCCCCUGGGCAGAACAUAUGGUCUUAAAUUGGAUUACGCUGCUGAGCAUGAUGGCUUUCGUGAGCGCCUUCUCAGUUGGAUUUGGACCAAUGACCUGGCUGGUCCUCAGUGAGAUCUACCCUGCUGGGAUAAGAGGAAGAGCCUUUGCCUUCUGUAACAGCUUUAACUGGGCUGCUAAUUUACUGAUCAGCCUCUCCUUCCUGGACCUUAUUGAUGCCGUUGGCUUCUCUUGGAUGUUUCUUCUCUAUGGACUGAUGGGAGUCAUGGCCAUUAUAUUCAUCUACCUUUUUGUUCCGGAAACGAAAGGACAGUCCUUAGAGGAAAUAGACCAGCAGUUCUCCAGGAAACGCCUUUAGCGGGUGACCUCUGCUCAGAGACAGUUCUCACCGCACUGCCUUAGACCUAGGGACGUGGCAAUAGCUGUCCUUUGGGUCCUUGGAGGAUCAUAGGUCCCAGGCAAGAAAUGUUCUUCCUUUGAUAUCUUUUAUGGUUUGUACCUCCUAUCAUUUAAGAGAUGAAUGGUUUUGUAUGCAGGAAUUAAAGCACAACUUUU